GCUACCAAACACGAUAUGUACAGAUAUAUAUCGACGCUUGAAAGGCAAACGUGACUAAGCGAUAAUAACUGAUUUGUACAUAAAUGAUAGGCAAUAACCAUAUUCGAUGCGCAAAAAAAAUAUAUUUCUAGGUCUAUUAAAAUCAUUUCAAUCCUACAGCUAGAUUCGUUAUAAUAGAUUUUUUUUCAGGUAUUUCAACUUUAAAUUAGUCUACUGUAAAGUUCACGCAUUGUCACUUAGUUACGUUUGCCUUUCAAGCCUUCGAUAUGUAUAUGUAGAUACUAUUUGAAGUAUUCUGAACAGCAUAGAGAGGAUACUCUGUCUUUAUCCCAGUGUGCUUAGUACGAAUUUUUUAACGUUCUCGAUAGCGUAAAAGAUAACUCCAAAUUUGUAUGGAGUUGGAACGUUUGCCUACGUUUGCCAAUUUUAAUAGGGGCGGUUGCCACUAGUGGCGCUUUCGACUGUGAAGGCUUCCAAUUUUUGGACGCUUAAGACUCACUUUUAACGAGUAAUAUAUACUUUACUCUUUCUAACACAUUUAAAACUCUAAAAUGAACGGGUUCUUUCUCUCUUUCACACGUAAUUUAUCAGAAAAAAAUACGGCGGCGACUGAAUUGUUCAGUUUACGAGUCAAGCUCGAGGUUGCUCCACGUUAGCUCUGUUUUUGUGCACAAUUGUGAAUUUUUUUGCAUUUCGUCUAUAAAUCAUGGAAUCGUAAGUAUUAUUUCAUUUUGUUUACUAAAAUGGAUUUAUAUAUAUUUAGAUUUUAAGACAUCUUUGAAGCAACGGCAGUUCUACGGAUUUAUAGGUGGAUUUUGUUUUGUCGUAUUUGAUAGAAAAUUUAUUAAAAUCUAAACGAAUAUUUGUAAUCGGAUCACUAUUAUAGUGAAAUUUAACCUAAUUAUUACAAAAGACGUGUAUUGUAGUCACAUAUGUGAAAAUGUCGACCUCAAAGAUAUGAACACAACCAAAUGAUUAUUAGAUUCGCAACGAAUCCGCUUUGUCGUAGUAAAAUGGCUGCUGUUGAACUACUAUUAGAAAAAGCUUUAAUUUCACAUAAUUUUUUAUUAUUAUUUCGUUUUUGUUGCUUUAGUUACUUGAUUUUUUAUAUUUUACCCCAGUGAUUGGAUUCUUUGCAUAAGCCUACUUGUAUGUUGAACUAAUUUAUAUACAUUUUGUUACCAGUCAACAUGCUGAAGCCCGUGGUCGUUCUAGAGGUGGUCGUGGUGGCGUUAGACGGGUGUGGUCGCGUGGUGAUAUUCGUCUGCCAGCUAGUACCUCUGAAUCAGUUUUUGAAUCUAAACCAAUUGAGGACUUGCCACACGACCAACCCCUGGAUAGGCCAGUACACCCUAAAAGGGUAAGGGUACUCCCUCCUGUCGCGGUGACUAAAAACCCAAGAUCAGAAACAUGCUCAUCACCGGAAAUUACCCCGUUGUCCUCCCGCGAAGCAGAAAGAAUGGAGGUCGGCGGCAUCGUGCCAUCGCAUGCCCUAAUGCCUUCGUCCAGUAACAGCCCAGUUCCUGAUGACGAAAUCAACGCCUCACUAAUUAAUUAUGGCAGCGAGACAGAGUCUGACGAAGAGGAAGUAGGGAUUGGCCAGUCGUUAGUGGUGCCCCGGGUGGUUAGGAUGUUGAUGGACGAAGAUGAGGAAGAUGAAGAAAAUGGCCUCAACGUUUCUUUGGAGUGGCCUACUCAAUCAUCCAUUUGUACCUCAAAACCCGCCUCACCGAUGCUUCCUACACCGACGCCUGUUUCACCGACUCCCAUGGAGCCUAGUAACAAAUUUAAAUUUGUAUGGAGAGCGGUUUCAAUGCCUCAAAUUGAACCUCAUUUGAGGCGAGAACCAUUCUCGCAAAUUAAUAGUGGCCCUACGGUUUCUUUUGCGAGUCCCUAUGAAGCAUUUAUUGCCAUAUGGGAUCGUGAAAUUAUGGAAGUUAUUGUGAGGGAAACCAACAUUUAUGCACAGAAGCUUGCAACGGCCAUGUUGGAGAAUGGGACCAUCUAUCCUAAUAGCCGGAUUACGCAUUGGCAAGAUACGAACGUAAACGAACUUUACACGUAUUUUGCCAUUGUUCUGGCUAUGGGUAAGGUGGUCAAAAGCCGCUUAGAGGAGUACUGGUCCACCUCUCAAGACAUAUUUAGUACUCCCUGCUUCUCCACGGAAAUGACACAUGACCGUUUCCUGCUUCUGUCGAAAUGCCUACAUUUUAAUAGUAAUAAUGAUUGUGACCCUGCAUUGUUGACACGACACCAGAUUAAUCUUUUAAAAAUAAAACCAUUAAUAGACCACCUUAAUAAUAAUUUUUCAGAACUAUAUAAUUUAUCUCAAAAUCUGGUUAUUGAUGAGAGCUUGACAACGUGGAAGGGCUGGCUUGAUAUAAACCAGUCAUUCCCUAAUGAGGCAGCGACAGCUGAGAUCAAAGCUUAUGAAUUGUGUGAAUCACAAAGUGGUUACUUGUGGCGGUUUGAAUUACACGCAGGCCUUGACACCUCGACACCACAAGAUAAUCCAAUUUCUGGGACAGUACCAGCUCUCGUGCUCAGACUUUUAGAUGGUCUUGAGCACAAAGGGCAUACAAUAUGGAUGGACAGUUUCUUCAACUCUCCAGCACUAGCACGAGAACUGAAGGUCCGGGGAUUUGACUGUGUGGGUACGCUGCGAACAAACCGUCAAUUUGUGCCAUACGAUUUGACGCGUCUUACAAUAAAGGAUCUGACAGUCGGCCAAGUAUUGGGAUGCACCUCGGGAGAUGUGGAUCUUAUGGUCUGGAGGGAUAGAAAACGGGCGGCGUUUAUUUCCACAUAUCAUGGUUUGGCAUCUACCAGGUUCAGGGAAAAACUGAAGCCGACUGUCGUGCAUGACUAUAGUCUCUGUAUGGACAGAUUAGAUCGCAGGGACCGGCUGCUCGCAACGUUCCCCAUAGAAAGACGGACUAAAGCUUGGAGCAAGAAAUUUUUUAGAAGGCUCUUGAACAUUAGUGUCCUGAACUCGUACAUCUUACUCCAGAAUCAGUCGUUGCUACACCGGAAUUUCCGGAAUGCGUUGGUAACUGAUUUGUUGACAGCACACAGAACACCUAAACCUAACACAACAACAAUCGCAACACAAGUACAUUACCCGGCGCAGUACCCUUUGAUCAAGCGCGGAAAGUCAGACCGCCUUAGGCGCCAAUGCGCCGUGUGCCCGAAACGGACUGUCUCGUACUGCAAAGCUUGCAAUGUGGCAAUGUGUACUUACACAUGUUACGAGACAUACCACACUUCACACUGACACUUUACCGAUCAUUGCCACGCACGCACGCACGCACGCACGCACACAGACAGACAGACAGGGUAUUUGGGCACUAGUGUUAAAGAUACUUCUAAAAAAUUUAUAAAGUUGGUGAGUUGUUGUUAUUACCAUCCAUAUUGUUUUGGAGUACUAAACAAAAAUGCUGCAUUAUGUGUUGUACACUUAUAUGGCGGGUUAUGGUCACCAGGGUCGUGUCACCAAUGCAACUCGCAAUCAUUUGAGAUGGCACAUAUAUUACGUACUUAAUCUCGUUGUUUAUGUGCGAUCUUUUAACUGUGUUGUUGUAUGUUUUGUAUGAUUAGUUGUAAGUUACCUAGUUGUUGCUACUUUUUUUAUAAAACUAUUUUUUGUUGUUGUGUCUUCUAUUAUGAAGUCAUUAAAACAAUUGUUUAUUUGAAUAAAAAUAAGUUUGAAAAAAAACAAAUCAUAUUGAUUAUUUUUAUUUGCAUAAGUCGUUUAAUAUAAUGCAUACUUUAUUUAAUUUUAGCCUUCAUGGAGCACACAUGUUAAUUUUUGACUAUGUUGAACUUUUCAUAUAAUUUUUUCUUCAAAACAUGUGGCAUUUUUCAUUGGUAUGAAUGCCUAGCUUCAUGUAAAUCUUGAAAAAUUAAUUAUUAUACCACUUGUGAGCAUUUCUUAUAUUUACAAAAUCUUAGGUUUUAUGAGACAUUGUUUUUGUGCCAAUUUUGAGACUCUUAUUUUUAAAUAUUCCUACUCAAGAUCUGUAGAAUAAAACAAUGUACCUUUGUUUAAACUAGCUUGGCGAUAAGUUUAAAUUAUUGUAAACAAAACACUCUGUCCUUGACGCCAAGAACGUAUUAAAAAUAAAUGAAAUUGAGACCCACUCAAGUGACAUUUAAUUUUGAAGUGGGUCGUUUUUUUUUAAAACAAGUUAUGUUGAAAAAAGUUAUUUGGGACAUGUGCCAUUUAAUUUUGGUUUUUAUCUUAUGAUGUAAAAUACUUUGUAUAAAAAAAUAUAGGUACAUAAAAAUAUAUAUACAUCCAACAAG